AUGAAAAACAACCCCGACUUAGAGAAAGACUAUAUAUUUAAUAGUUUAGUCAAAAGAGACAAACAAGAAAGAAUGCCAGGCUUCAAACUUAAGAAAGGUGACAAAGUAAAAAUAGAAAUACCUAAACGCGACCCAUAUGAAAAUACUAUUGACUAUGACAACAAUGGGAACUCGACAGGUACUCACGUUCGUGUUCGUAAAAAUAGAAGAAAGUAUACAAGAGAAUAUUAUGAAGUUUUAGGCAAACAUGGCAAAAUGUACACACUGCAAGCAGAAGAUAAAACUACUAUUGUCAGACCUCGUUUCAAACUUGUCAAAGUUCAAGGUGGUAUACUUUCAAAGACAGUUCCUAACAAAUAUAAGACAACUCCUGACGAAUAUGCUAAAGAAGUUGAAAAUGACGACUAA